AUGACCUUACUUCGACCUUUAAAGUCUCCGCCAAAUAGUUUACCAUCGUCGCCAUCUUCAGCCACGGCAUCAGGAACAACAUUUUCUAUAACUUAUAUUCACCACCAUUCUGCCGAUCGGUACAUUCCCAAAACAAAGUCAAACUUAAACCCCAACAACAACAACAACAACAACAACAAUAGUAAGAGUAAGAACACUAAUCAUAAUAGCAUAGUAAGAGAUGGUAUAGCACACAGUUUCCACAGAAUAGAGAAGAUGUCAACAACUUCAACUACCUCAACAAGAUCUUCACCUAGUCCCGGAAACUACAUUGCAACAUCACAUUCGCCGUUUAAUAGAACGCUUUAUGCAAACUCGCCCCCGAUAUCCACCAGCCCCAGCACAACAAUGAGAUAUAGCAAAUGCACUGCAAAUGCGAAACGACGAGAUAAUCUUGAAGAGCUUUAUAAUUUUAGUAACCCCAAGAGUAGUGACCACUGCACGAACAACGACAUUAAGAGAGUCACGAGUAUCCCGAGAACAUCGCUUUUUAUCAAGAGCAGUAUCGACGAUGAGUUUUUACUGCAGUAUCUCCAGUCGCCCAAUAUCAAAACAACUUUGAAUGACAAACAAUUAUAUUUUGAAUCAAUAGACAGACAGAGAAAAGUAAGGUCAAUAGAAGUUUACAACAAAUACUUGAACAAGGCACGCCGUCCCAGCUUCACUAAUCCUCAAGUACGAUCCUAUGAGUUUCAAGUUCCAAAACUGCAAUCUAAACUAGAUGCAAAGUCGCAAACUACUUCUGCAUAUGAACCCACGCUCAUCAAAAAAAGUAAUCUGGGAAAAUGGCAAAAUGAUGCACAUCCCCUCCCAAAAAAACAGCAGCAGCAACAACAACAGCAACAACAACAACAACAAAGGACGGGAGAGACUUUGGUAAAAGCGAGGCAGAGUGUGGAAGAUACCAUUAUAACUCAACGAUUACCUAGAGUGUUUUCAGAUUGCCCAAUUGAUCAUUUAAUAAUCCUUAUCUCGAGGAUGUUACAGUCACUCAUUACCUUGAAUGAUAAAUCCGUACCAGCGUCGAUAUCCAACCCUCCGGUUGCAACUUCCUCCUCAACCUCAACAAAUCUCUCCUCUUCCGCUAAUUCUUAUUCUUCACAACAACAACAACAACAACAACAACAACAACAACAACAACAACAACAACAACUUCAUCAUCAAAAUCAUCAACCAGCCAAUAAUUUGUUGACCAGAUACCAUUCGCGUACCCCACCAGCAAUAUCUACAUUUACCUAUUUGACUAGAUUAACAAAAUUUAACAACUUUAACCCCACUAUUUUGUUAACUACAAUCUACUAUAUAGACUUGCUCUCGCACCAAUACCAGCCGUUCUUCACUUUAAACUCAUGGACUGUGCAUAGGUUUUUACUUGUUGCCACCAUGAUUGCCCAAAAAUCGCUUGAAGAUUUCUUUUAUACAAACGACCAUUAUGCCAAAGUUGGUGGUGUUGCCUUGGGUGAACUCAACUGUCUUGAACUUGAUUUCUUGAAUAGAGUAGAUUGGAGAUGCAUACCUGGCAAGCAAGAAGUUGACAAGUCGACGGGUAUGUUGAAGAAUUAUAUCGCAUAUUCAAAAGACGUUUUGGAAUUGUAUUAUUUCCAGUUGAUUGAAUUGAUGGGUAAAAACACUCUGCAUGAUUCAAGGGAUUUUGGUAAUGCGGAAAGAACUAGUGGUUGUGAAACUGAAGACACGGGAGGUGGUAAGCAUCUUGUACAUUAUGUGCAAGAAACAGAAGAAAUACAUAGAAAUAAAUCAACCACUGAAAGUGGCGCUCAGAAUAUUGUCAAUUCCAGUGGAGAUGAGAUAGAUUGUUCUGAUAGUGACUUUCACUUUGGCGAGUCCGACAAUGAAAAUGGCGAUGGUGACGAUAAUGACGAUGACCUGUACGGCAGUGAUCUGGUGGAAGACGAACUUGGAGACGAAGGUGGAGAAGCCUGUGAUGAUUGUGAUGUGGAGCUUGAUAAUGCCGGUAAUGAGCAAUACAUGUCAGUGAAAGGUGGUGCUAAUGGCAAAAGGGUUGUCGCUUGUGACCACAAAGUCAACCCAUCAAAGGCUGUCCAGUUGGUUCCUAGCAGUGCAAACGGAAGCCGUUUGUUAAGCCAGCCGUCGCCACGCUUCAAAAGAAAACAUAGCGAUGAUUAA